AUGCGGUACCUCCAGUCAAACGCCUCCAGAGCUCCCAUCAAGUUCAGAAUGUAAACCUCCCCUCCGCUUCCUUCCGCCCUUCUUCCCUCCGAUUGUCUAUGCUACGUAUCUCGCUCAGUGUGUUAUUGAAUUGUCUGGGGUGGGGUCGUCCAGUUCUUCGUCUGAAAGUAUCCGAUCCCCCCCCCCAAUGGAAUUCUUCCAUAAUAUAAAUUUGAAGGCGUGAACUAGCUGUGCUGCUUCUUUGUUCCGUCUUGAAUCAUCAUGUCCUGCUGCUAUCGACAUGCAGGAGACUAGUCACGGUGCUUUCCCCCGCGUUUUUGGGUUCUUUGUAUUUAUUUAUUUUUCCCUCUUUUUCUGUUUGAUUUUUGUGGAUACCUCCCCGUUGUACUUUUAUCUGGGUACAUUAGUCUCACAAUGUGGCCACUUUGCUUUCUCCCUUGUCAACGUGGUCUGCCGGAAAAUUUAGCUGAAGUUAAUUAGGUAACUCUGCGAUGGCUGGAUUUUUUCAAGGUCUUUGCUCUAUCUUUAUGAAUUCAAAAUUUUCUGACUAACUAAGCACGCAUAAUUGGGGUCAUACUUUCCUGAAUGAGAAACGAUGAGGAAGAACCAGCCCCUCUUUUUUGUUGAAGUCCUUAGCAGGUCCCUUUUUCUCUAUUAUCGAUUAAAUUUUUAUUCCAUUUGCAGAAUGACGGUAUACAAUGUCUGUCUGAUUCCAAUUUCAGGCCAACGUCAGAGAACCUGGUUCCAAUCCGUCUGGAUAUUGAAGUUGAUGGCCAGCGUUUCAAAGACGCCUUCACUUGGAAUCCCAGUGGUAUUCUCUUCUGGCUAGCAGGCUUGACUUAUCUGUUCUUCUGAUUGUUCUAACUGUUGAUGUUGAAUCGUCGAUUUGAUGUCCAAAUAAACUCAUAUCAAAAUCUUCUAAUCGAAUAUCCUUGCCAUCUCAUGUCACUUGCGAAACCCAUUACUUUAGAUCUAUAUUAUUAUGAUAUUAUUCUUGAAAAUAUGUAGAACAAGAAGAGACUAUAAAUGGUUCACUGGGAAAGCAUCUGUGAACCUGCCUUGGUCGUUGUUGGUGUUGCCAACGGUGAAGUCUUUCUUCUAAGUAUGCUGAAGUUUGUGGAAUAUGAGAGGGACCUUAGUACACCAUGCUGACUUGUCGGUGUAUGACUGUACUGUAUGCUGUGUUGAAGGAUGCCCGCAGACUGAGAUGAUUUUUAUUUUUUAUAUGAGUGGAAACUUGUACUUUACUUUAUAUUGUUCUGUUUUAUUUUUUCAAUGUGGUCUUGUGUAUUAAUCUAUCUAUAGUUUUUCUUGUAUUUGACGUCCAUUUAUCAACUUGGAAGCUUUUUUCUGAUGCCUUACGUGCUGGCUUACAGAUCCGGACUCCGAGGUCAUCAGCUUUGCGAAAAGGACGAUAAAAGAUCUUAAGUUGCCCCCAACGUUCAUAACACAUGUUGCUCAGUCCAUUCAGGUGAGUCUUUCUGCAGUUCCCGCAUGUAUUAUUAAAACUGGAUCUGAAUUUACUUUGAUUUAUAGAUUUUCUCUGUGUGAUCAAACUAUACUGCUGCAUUUAUCUGAAGUUUUUCUUAAUUGAGGUUAGCAAUGCUUAGUUUUUAUGAUUGGCUUGUUGUUGUACUUUUCGUUUCUUGUGUUUUAAAGUAUUUUUAGCCCUUCGAAAAGUUUGAUAUUUUCCAUUGAAUGUGAUAUUUUCUUGCCAGAGGAUUUAUAUCCUUUUUAUUUUUCCCUACAGACCCAGCUUGCUGAAUUUCGGUCAUUGGAAGGCCAAGUUAUGUACUGUACAGAGAAGAUUGUCGUUCUUAAGGUUCAAUAAUUCGUCGAGCCAUUCUCAUCUCUACUUCAUUCCAGUUUUGUCAUUCUGGUUCACACUUUGUCUUUCUCAUCUUCUCUCGAACUAAGUCACCUUUUCUCCUCACGCAGAUUGACCUGAGGGUAAAUAACACAGUCAUAAGGGACCAGUUUCAGUGGGUGAGCUUGCCUUUGUAGUCUCCGUUAAAAAAAUAUAUGGCAUCUUUAUUAAUCUCGUGUGAAGGAGCCUAGACACGUUGUCUUCACUUUUUGUUUAAAGUGAAUUUUCUUUUUCAGGAUUUGAGCAAUUUGGACAGUGACCCAGAAGAAUUCGCAAGAACGUUUUGCAGGGAUUUAAAUAUUAGUGACCCUGAAGUUGGAGUAAGCAGUUUAAUCCGAUUCUUGCGUCUGUAAACGCUAAAUAUUUCUUCAAAACCCUUAUUUUUCGGUUUCCCUCGCGUGUCAAACUUUGCGAACUGUCCUGGCUGAUAUGUUGUCGUGGAUGACAAAUUAUUUUUAGGGGUAACUUGGGUUACUCCGCUGGCAGUUCAACUUAGUCUGGCCUUGUUUCUGCAAAUCAAAGUUGUUGCGGGUUCAAUUGAGUUGGAAAAAGCUUCAAUAGACAACACUAGUUCAAAUUUUCUGUUGAAAAAAAAGAAACUGCUCAUCUGAAAGCUUGUGCUCACUCUGCUUGCCCUAGUUUUCUCUCCAUCAUAUUUGUAUGCUGCUCGAUGUUGCCUCUAUGGUUUACGAAGCUGCCUAAAUAUUUGAACUGGGAAAAUGAUCGCAGACCUUAAAUCCUGCUUCAGUGUUAAGCUUAGAAGAAAAGCUGAAGACAAUGUCCCAUGAUACAUUCUUCUUGAAUAUCUGCUUAAACCCACCACUGCAAAAGGAGAAAGAGGACACCUUGGGGACCUUUGACUAGUAAGAAAGAGGAGUUCCCUACGUUAGUUUUGUAUGCUACCUCAAAAUUAGAACUGAUUCACUCCAUUGAUCAAAUUCACUUGUGAGGGAUUCACCUUGAUCAAACUGAAUGCGGCAGGUAAUGACUCAGCAGGAGAUCCAAUUGCAAAUUUUGUCUAUUCAUUGAAAGAUUGAAGGGGAAAUCAGCUUUUACUGAUUUUUAGAGUAGCUGGGUUUCUACUGUUUCGUGGCUGCGGGAUUCUGAGAUGUCUGGUGCAUCUUAUUAACUUACAAAAGGCCAACAGGGAUGAGGGUUGGGACUCCAUUUCAGUCCACUGAUCCUGUUUAGACUUUCUCAUGUCGCCCACAGGUGAUGUUUCCCUAUCAAGUCUACAGCCUCGAUUCUUUACUCUUUGUGUUCAAAGUAUGAAGUUCCUUGGUACUUGGUUCAUAUCACAAGAAGUUCGAUUGGUUCAAAAUCGCCUUUAAAGGAGAAUCAUUAUCGAUCAUUAUCAUAGUUAGUUCUAAUCUUCACUUAUACCCAGGGGAUGGCUCGGUGUGAAAUAUAGGUUUAUGUUAGUUUAAACUUUAGUUGAUCGUUCAUGAAAUGACUAGAGAAAGACGAAGCAUGUGCUACAUUGUAGAUUGUAUGAUUUUUUUUCUUUUGUGUGUGUGUGUGUGUGUGUUUCUUCAUUUCAGUCAUUGGGUAUGCUAUUUAAUCCUUCUUCGGUACGUUAUCAACAGUUGAAUAUAUCAUUUUUUCGAUCUAUUGCUUGCAGCCUGCGAUUGCUGUUGCUAUCAGGGAACAACUUUAUGAGGUAACUUUCUCCCUCUCUAGUCGCAGUUAGUACGACUGUAGUAUGUAAUGUUAUUAAUAUUUUUCGCUUGCAUCAUCACAUAGCAAGCAGUUGUGUUUUGACUCGUUGAAUGCGGCCUAGGACUUAAUGUUCAUGGUUGGAGUUUGUUCGAGCAUUCAAUGAAAUUACCUGCCAUUCUCUUCUACCUUUCAGGAUUUUGGCUGAAAGCAAUCAUUUUUUUUUCUUGCACGAUGAUUAAUGCAUGAGAUAAUAAAAUACGAAAUAAUUGACUGCAAGAUGCCGGGGUGGCCUUGUGAAUGUCUGAUGCGCCAUAGAACUUAUGCUCUUGAGGAGCUUUUACUUAUUUAGAAAUUUCCAGUUGGAAGCAUGCGGCAAAGAGGAAAAAUAUCUAUUCUCUGACAGAACAUUUUAACUCGUCGCUACUGUCUCUUUGGAAAGCUUAUGAGGGUUAAGAUGAUCUGUUCUCGUGAUUAUUUAACGGUGGUAAUUAGCCAGCAAUGCAUUUGCUUCCCUAUCAAGAUUCUCGUCUGCAGAUGGCAGCCCAAAAUGUCACAUCAGCGCGGGAAAUCAGAGUGGCCAAGAAGGGUAGAAGAGUAGACCAGAUAUCUAACAGGUACAUUGACUUGCUCGCGUUUCUAUCUUCAUGAUUUCAUAAAUGGCCACCGUAUGGCAUGAGAAGCUGGGUCAACGAUAAGAUUCUCUCUCGCUUCCUUGCAUGGUGGGUUUUGGCGGUUUGCUAAAGAAAUGAAUUCAUAUUUUCUCAGUAAAGGAGCUGGCAAUGGGCUGGACUUGUCCAAGUCAUUCGGCAGCAAAGCAAGCGUCAUUCGGUGAGGGCAGAUCAUGCGAUAAUUUUUCGUGCAAAAUUGUCCACAUCUUUUUCUUCAUCCCUUCCUGUUUUUAUUUAUUUAAAAUUGCUCUUAAAAUGUCACAUCAAUGUCAAUCUCCCAUGGAAUGGGAAUUCCCAUCCCAGCUGGUUCGGGCAUUCAUUCCAUAUUCAGUUCAUGCAUUACCCUUCUGCUUCUAUGAACAGAAGCGAUCAGUGAUUAUAAUCUCUCCCCACACAAUCUAUCCAAGAGAAAAUUCCAGAUUUUGAUAUAUGCAUGAGGAAUAAUAUGAAGCCUUUUCCGGUAAAUCUCUUGAGUUCUACGAGGUUCUGGAGAUGAAUGCUGUGCCUGUGCCGUUCUUCUGUAUGAAUCAGGAAGAGGAAGGACUGGCACCUGUACGGGCCGAUGGUUGACUCUCUGACGAACGAGGAAGUCGGGAAUAUCGAAGCAAAGGAAGAUCGGAGGUCUCAGUGA